AUGUCUACGCAGAUUCCACCUGCAUCCAAGCGACAAAAGCGGGAGUUGCAAAAGCCACGUGAUGUGGCUAUCAUUCCAAAAGACGUGCCCAAUGUGUUGAUAAAGUUUCAAGCCUCAGAUACUGGUGAGUCUGUAGGAGGAUCUAUUAGAGUACCAGGAUCCAUUACAGAGAAGCAGCUCGAGGAACUCUUGAAUAAGUUGAAUGGCACUACAGAUGAUUCUAUUCCAUACAUUUUUGCACUUGAGAAUGGGGAUGACCAGGUAGAAAUCAAAGAUAACCUAUACAUCUCUGUUUUGAAGCCUGGCAUUAAGACUACCGAGGAUUUCAUGACUUUAGUGUAUACACCACGAGCCGUUUUUAAGGUGAAACCUGUAACAAGAGCUUCUGCAACCAUUGCAGGGCAUGGAUCUACUAUUUUGGCUGUGCAAUUUGCACCUAAUACCAGUGCUAAGAUGGUGACAGGAGCAGGUGAUUCUACUGCUCGAGUUUGGGACUGUAAUACUCAGACGGUUCAAUAUACACUUCGGGGACACACGAAUUGGGUACUUUGUGUUAGUUGGUCUCCUCGUGGAGAUAUAAUUGCAACUGGAUCCAUGGAUACCACCAUUAGACUUUGGGAUAGCAAGACAGGAGAGCCUCUAGGUGGUGCAUUAAAGGGUCAUAGAAAAUGGAUCAGCUCUCUCUGUUGGGAGCCAAUUCAUCUAGUGAAGCCCGGUCAAAAUCCUAGAUUAUUAUCAGGAUCUGAAGACGGAACCAUCAAAGUUUGGGAUACUACUAGAAGACAAUGUGCUAUGACGAUGUCAGGGCAUAAAUCUGCUGUGUCGUGCGUUAAAUGGGGUGGAUCAAAUCUAAUCUACUCGAGUUCUCAUGAUAAAACGAUAAAAGUUUGGGAUGCUAAUAAUGGAAAGUGUCUGCAGACAUUGAGGUCACAUGCACACUGGGUGAAUCAUUUGGCUCUUUCGACAGAUUAUGCUUUGAGGAUCGGUGCCUAUGAUUAUAAAGGACAGGCACCAAAGUCUGCAGAAGAAGAACAGGCGAAGGCACUUGAAAAUUACGAAAAGGUGGCCAAGAUCGGUGGCAAAGUGAUAGAAAGAUUGGUUAGUGCUAGUGAUGAUUUCACUAUGUUUUUAUGGGAACCGUCCAAAUCCACGAAGCCUCUCUGUCGAAUGACUGGACAUCAAAAGAUUGUAAAUCAUGUGGCUUUUUCUCCCGACGGUAGAUACAUCGCCUCCGCUUCGUUUGACAAUUCUGUGAAAUUAUGGGACGGAAGAACCGGUAAAUUUCUUUCCUCGUUGAGAGGGCACGUGGCUCCAGUCUAUCAAACAGCAUGGUCUUCAGACUCCAGAUUAUUGGUGAGCUGUUCCAAAGAUACUACAUUGAAGGUGUGGGACGUUAGAUCAAGAAAAAUGAUGUGCGACCUACCAGGACACUCUGACGAAGUUUACGCUGUGGAUUGGUCCGUCGAUGGAAAAAGAGUAGCCAGUGGAGGAAAAGAUAAGACUGUUCGCUUGUGGAUGCAUUAA